GCACCGGGACCGGGCGGGGCGGGGCCGAGGCGGGUCAGAGCCGGCCCGGUAGAGGAGCAUCCCCGCCAAGAUGAACGCGGUGCUGGCGGUCCGGCAGUACGUGUCCAAGAUGAUCGAGGACAGCGGUCCCGGCAUGAAGGUGCUGCUGAUGGACCGGGAGACGACCGGCGCCGUGAGCGUGGUGUACACCCAGUCCGAGAUCCUGCAGCGCGAGGUUUAUCUCUUCGAGCGCCUCGACUCGCCCAACAGGGAGCCCAUGAAGCACCUCAAGGCCAUCUGCUUCCUGCGGCCCACCAAGGAGAAUGUGGAGCUCCUGGUGCAGGAGCUGCGAAGGCCCAAGUACAGCGUCUACUUCAUCUAUUUCAGCAAUGUCAUCAGCAAGAGCGAUGUGAAGGCCUUGGCUGAGGCCGAUGAGCAGGAGGUCGUGGCUGAAGUCCAGGAGUUCUACGGUGACUACAUUGCAGUGAACCCACACGUCUUCUCCCUCAACCUGCUGGGCUGCUGUCGGGGCCGCAGCUGGGACCCGGCUCAGCUCACCAGGACGACCCAGGGGCUCACUGCUCUGCUCCUGUCCCUGAAGAAGUGCCCCAUGAUCCGGUACCAGCUCUCCUCAGAGCCAGCAAAGCGCUUGGCCGAGUGUGUGAAGCAAGUGAUCACGAAGGAAUACGAGCUGUUUGAUUUCCGGCGCACUGAGGUCCCGCCCCUGCUCCUCAUCCUGGACCGGUCGGACGAUGCCAUCACCCCACUCCUGAACCAGUGGACGUACCAGGCCAUGGUCCACGAGCUGCUGGGGAUCAACAACAACCGCAUCGACCUGUCCCGAGUGCCAGGGAUCAGCAAGGACCUGCGGGAGGUCGUCCUGUCAGCUGAGAACGAUGAGUUCUACGCCAAUAACAUGUACCUGAACUUUGCUGAGAUUGGCACCAACAUCAAGAACCUGAUGGAGGAUUUCCAGAGGAGGAAGCCAAAGGAGCAGCAGAAGCUGGAGUCCAUUGCGGAUAUGAAGGCCUUUGUGGAGAACUACCCUCAGUUCAAGAAGAUGUCAGGCACUGUGUCCAAGCAUGUGACAGUGGUGGGGGAGCUGUCCCGGCUCGUGGCAGAGCGGAACCUGCUGGAGGUGUCAGAGGUGGAGCAGGAGCUGGCUUGCCAGAAUGACCAUUCCAGCGCCCUCCAGAGCGUGCGGCGGCUGCUGCAGAGCCCGCGGGUGUCGGAGCUGGACGCAGCACGGUUGGUGAUGCUCUACGCGCUGCGCUACGAGCGCCACGGCAGCAGCGGCCUCCCGGCACUGCUGGAGGAGCUGCGGGGCCGCGGCGGCACCGACAGGUACCGCAAGCUGGUGUCCGCCGUGGUGGAGUAUGGAGGGAAGAGGGCCCGAGGCAGUGACCUGUUCAGCCCCAAGGAUGCCGUGGCCAUCACCAAGCAGUUCCUCAAAGGCCUGAAGGGCAUUGAGAACGUGUACACCCAGCACCAGCCCCUGCUCCAGGAAACCCUGGACCAGCUCAUCAAGGGAAAGCUCAAGGACAGCCAGUAUCCCUACCUGGGCCCCAACACACUCCGGGACAGGCCUCAGGACAUCAUCGUGUUCCUCAUCGGGGGGGCCACCUACGAGGAGGCCCUGGCUGUGUUCAACCUGAACCGCUCCAACCCCGGCGUCCGCAUCGUGCUGGGUGGGACCACCAUCCACAACACCAGGAGUUUCCUGGAGGAGGUCACAGCCGCAGGAUUCCGCGGUCGAAGCGCUGACAGCUCCCAAGUGCCACCAAGGUCCAGCAGCCGACGGUGAAUCCUGAAGGAAUGAGCACUUCUUUGCACGUUCAGAGCUUUCCCAGAGCAGAGCAGGAUCUUCCUGCAGCUGGAGCUUCCCCUCCACACCCAGAGUGGCAGCGAAUGCUGGAGCUGGCACUAGCCCGAGGGCAAGGAUAUGUCCCCACUGCAGCUCCUCAUUGUGCCCUCACAAACAGCUCCAGGACUGGGAUUGUCACCUGAGGAGAGCCUGGGAAAGCCCUUGAAUCCCUGCAGCUCCUGGCUCUUUACCAGGACACACGAUGAGUCCCGUGAGGAACCCAGUGAUGCUGCCCCAUGCGGGGGGAGCAGCUGUGGGGUGCGUGGCUGUGGCACAGGAGCCCUUUGCUCUCUUGUCUGUAUAUGUUGAAUCCUAUUAAAUCCCCCACUUUGGCCGAA